AUGCUGCACGAAUUCUCCGAGGCGGUGUGUCGCGGUUGCGUGAACUAUGAAGGUGCAGAUCGCAUAGAAGUCGUGCUGGAUACUGCUAGGCAAUUAAAACGAGCGCACGGAUUUCAAGAAGGCAGAGGCCCGACGCACGCGAAAAGUGCUCACCGAGCUCCUUUGGAAGCGCACCAGAAUGGAGGCGAGAAUACUGGCCGAGGCCAACCGGCACCACCAGCUCAUCACGCGCCUUCUGCAGGCUUUCCGCUUCAUCACACACGUCCUACACCUAGCGCGGGCUUAUUAGCCGAGUACGGAAGUAGACGAGAAGAGCACGAAGGAAGGCGGUUGACUCAUUUGCCCACUCACCAUCUUCCUACUCACGCGGGCGCCCGUCUCGCCCCUGGACUUACUCUUAAGCGGCCACUUGACGACGAUGAUCAUCAAACACACCAUGAGCCUGCGAAAAGGCUUUUAGAGGAGCACUCGAGACCUCCGCUAACACGCGGAGAGUCCCUUCCGGCCGUGUCCCUUGCGGCUCCAUUCGCCCCCGAUCGAGUUUUCAAACAAGAGAAACAUCCACUCCGCACGCCGUCUUUCGACGCGUCCUCGUUCAAAACUAACGGUUACUCGAGCAACGUAGGCGGCGUCGGAAGUGUGGGUGGAGCUAGUGGUGCGCCACUUACCAACGGUGCGGGGGGCCCGCGCUCCGCUGGUGGCUCACCUCCUCAGCCCCCACCUCAACGCUCCAACAGCCGCUCCAGCCAGCACUCGCCCAACUCCUCAGGGUCGAACGGCGGGCGCCGGUCGUCGGGGUCGCGGCACGUGUCGUCCACCACGUCGGUGUCGUCGAGCGAGGCGGCCGACGCCGAGCCGGCCGCGCCGCUGCUCAAGUGCACACUGUGCCAGGAGCGCCUGGAGGACACGCACUUCGUGCAGUGCCCCAGCCAGCCGCACCACAAGUUCUGCUUCCCGUGCUCGCGGGACUCCAUCAAGCGCCAGCAGGGUUCCGAGGUCUACUGCCCAAGCGGGGAGAAAUGCCCCCUGGCGAACUCCACAGUCCCGUGGGCGUUCAUGCAGGGUGAGAUCGCCACAAUACUAGGCGAGGAGUUCAAACCCAAGAAGGAGCGGGAGACCUAG